AUGCCGCAAGGACCGCCCCUCCUUCCUCUACGUCGGGCAGUGCAGGUGGCAGCCAGAGGGAUGCAGAGUGCCGCGUUUCAACCGCACCGAGCUCAAAGAACGAACGGUGGGUGUGGAUGGGUUAGAUGGGAUGUGGUGCUUUACUUGGUGAGGCGAUGCAAGGACCGCCCCUCGUUCCUCUCCUGGAUGUACCGCUGGCAGCCGCCGCAGGGGUGCCGAGUGCCCUAUGCUUCAGUCCGGCCCCAGUCUGCGCAACAAGAAGGUGGCGUUUGUGGGCGACUCAGUGCGCCAGCAGCAGUUAUUCUCGCUGCUCUGCCUCAUCUCCGCCUUCCAUUCCCUGCUCUCCCAUCCCGCCCCUAUGCCCCCACUCCCGCGUCCAUUCCCCACUCUCCAAUCCCAUUGCUCCCAGCCUGCGCAACAAGAAGGUGGCAUUUGUGGGCGAUUCCGUGGGGCUGCAGCAGUUCUUCUCCUUCCUCUGCCUCAUCUCCUGCUUCCCAUGCCCCUCCUCUCUCCCAUCCCACCCCUAUUCUCCCACUCCCCCGUCGAUUCCCCACCCACUCUCCCAUCCUCAUUGCUCCCAGUCUGCGCAACAAGAAGGUGGCGUUUGUGGGCGACUCAGUGGGGCUGCAGCAGUUCUUCUCCUUCCUCUGCCUCAUCUCCCCCACGCCGCGCACCCACGAGCCGUACAUCGAGUCACGCGACAGCGACUACAAAUUUAAUUGGACAACCGGCUGGCGCGGAUGGCAGGGCUCAGCCUACCGCUUCCCUGAAACCAACACCACAGUGGUGCUCAAGUGGACCACGUCGCUGUGCCAUGUGGCGCGCAAGGAUUGGGCGAACGAGUCAGCGGGACAGGCGGCCCACCUGGACCAACCUGACGAGUUUUUGAAGCAGCAUAUGGAGGAGAUGGAUGUGAUUAUAAUGAACACGGGGCAUCACUGGAACAUCAACAAGAUGCAGGAGUACGGGUGGCAGUUCCAUAUGGGAUUGCUGCCAAUCCCUUCAGACACAGACAAGGAGAUGGAGGGCGAUUUCAACGUGCCCAUGCGUACCGUGCUGCCCGUGCGUUCCCCCCCAUACCCUCAUUUCCCUAGUCCCCCAUACCCCCAUCCCCUGCCCUCCCAUCCCCCGCAACAACAAGAUGCAGGAGUAGGGGUGGCACUUCCACCUGCACAGCAUACCUGUCCCCCCAGACGCGCACAAGCAGAUGGAGGGCGACUUCAACGUGCCCAUGCGCACCGUGCUGCACUCCUCUGCCCAAUGCCCUCAUUCCCCCCAUCCUCUCCCCUCCCACCUCCCAGCAACAAGAUGCAGGAGUACGGGUGGCACUUCCACCUGCACGGGGUCCCGGUCCCCCCAGACGUGCACAAGGAGAUGGAAGGUGAUUUCAACGUGCCCAUGCGCACCGUGCUGCGCUCGACCGCCCUCUGGACUCACCGUCAGCUGCAGGCGAUAGCCGAGGAGAGGGAGAGGAUGCGACUGGUUGCGAUGCGGGAAGGGGGGAGGGGGGAAGGUGCGGAGAGAGAGGGGGGAGAGGGGGGAGUGCGGGCGCUGCCACUGGUGCUGCUGGUGACGCGGUCGCCGGCGCAUUUCAUGGAUGGGCAGUGGAACACUGGCGGAGGGUGUGACAAGCUGCAGAGCAUGCUGACUCAAGAGGAGACAGACCGGCUGCAUUUCCAGUCGCGGGAUUGGAACGCGGAGGCAGCAGUGGAGGGCACGGCAGUGCGGCUGUUGAACAUCACGGCGCUGUCUGCCCUGCGCCCCGAGGCACACCUGUCCCGGUGGUAUGACAAGGACGGCAAGGCACCGGGGCAGCAGGACUGCGUGCACUGGUGCCUGCCUGGUGUGCCUGACACUUGGAAUGAGUUGCUGUUCUGGGAGAUUGUGAGGAGUGGUCGGUUCCCCUUGUCUGGGGAAGUGCAAGGGAGAGGGGAUAGGGAUGGCAGCAGCAGGCUGGUUCAAGACAUGUAA